GUCUUAUUUGUCACAUGGUCACUUAUUUCGAUUGAAUUUAAGAAGAUGGGUUAUUCCUAAGUUGGAAGACGUUUUCACGUCAAAACCGGGAUAAAAAUAAGAAGUUCAUUCUUGCUUAAUGAUUACUUUUAAUUGACCUUCAAAAGGCGCACAAAUCCGAAUUCGGUAGGUAGUAUAGUGGUUUCUGGUCUUUACUGCAUAUAUCUCCAGACAUGGUAUUAAACCCUCAGCAAAAUGUGAAGCCACGUAUAAGGAACUGAAAAUGGACCACUGUCACCGAUAUAUCUUGUUUCAAAUCGUUAAUAAUCAAAUAGAUGUAAUUAAAACUGCUCCUAGAGGCGAAACUAUAUCACAAUUUCAAGAUGAAGUUAUGAAGCAUCAACACACGGGGUGCUAUGGUGUAUUAGACCAUGAAUGUGAAGGUGUUAAAGGAUCGAACUUAAUAUACUUCUCAUUAGUGUCCGAUUCCGCACUACCCAUGACAAGAAUAUUAUAUGCGACAACGCGAAUGACGCUGAAAUCAAGUCUCGACGGCAUAAAAACUGAUAUUGAGGCUCACGACAUCAAUGAACUUAUGGAGAAAUUAGAAACCAGUUCAGCUACAGAUAAAAGAAAAACUCGAUAAAUUAUCAAUAUUAUAAGACCAUCUUUUGAGUCUGCCACAAUGCUGUAAAGUAAAUAAGAUUUUAAUGUGUAUACUGUUUGCUGUCUUCAUAAAUCGUCGUAAAAUGCAAGUCGGUUUUUUCCACGAUAUUUAACUUACUAACUGAG